UCACUUUCUGCUCCAGCUCCCGCCACCGCCGCCGCCUGGAAAGCCCCUACCUUCUCUUCUUCCUUCUCUUCCUCCUCCUCCUCCUCCUCCUCCCCAGCCUUUAAGCGUUGUUUUCUGCAGCGGAGGAGAGAAGUGCUAUGUCAGGAAAGUUCCGGGAGGCACUGGAUGGGGCCACGCUCCCUGGGCUCUGCGGCCGUCCGCGCGCAGCCCUUUGUAUGAGGCAAAAGGACUCCUGUGGAAGAUGGAAGCCUUUGUUUAUUUUCCAGAAUAUGUUUCCAAGCCCAUCAGUGAAACGUGAUACUGCUGCUCGGUGUUGGAAUGCUUGAAGAACACCCACUUACCUGCCGGCCCCUUCCAUCCUACUGAAACCAUGGUCUUCUCUGCAGUGUUGACUGCGUCCCAUACUGGGGCAACCAACACCACGUUCGUAGUCUAUGAAAACACGAACGUGAAUAUUACGGUCUCCCCACCAUUCCAGCAUCCUGGUGUUGGUCCGCUGCUGAGAUACAACUUGGAAACCAUGGCUCCCACGGAGAUGAGUUCCUUGACAGUGAACAGCACAGCUGUGCCCCCAACACCAGCAGUUUAUAAGAGCCUAAACUUGCCUCUCCAAAUCCUUCUCUCUGCUAUAAUGAUAUUUAUCCUGUUUGUGUCUUUUCUUGGGAACUUGGUGGUUUGCCUCAUGGUUUACCAAAAAGCUGCCAUGCGAUCUGCCAUUAACAUCCUCCUUGCCAGCCUGGCAUUUGCAGACAUGUUGCUGGCAGUGCUGAACAUGCCCUUUGCUUUGGUAACUAUUCUUACUACCAGAUGGAUUUUUGGGAAAUUCUUCUGUAGGGUAUCUGCUAUGUUUUUCUGGUUAUUUGUAAUUGAGGGAGUAGCCAUCCUGCUCAUCAUUAGCAUUGAUAGGUUCCUCAUUAUAGUCCAGAGGCAGGAUAAGCUCAACCCAUAUAGGGCUAAGGUUCUGAUUGCGGUGUCUUGGGCAACUUCCUUCUGUAUAGCUUUCCCUUUGGCUGUAGGAAACCCUGACCUGCAGAUACCUUCCCGAGCCCCCCAGUGCGUGUUUGGGUACUCAGCCAAUCCAGGAUACCAGGCUUACGUGAUUUUAAUUUCUCUUACUUCUUUCUUCAUACCCUUCUUGGUGAUACUCUAUUCGUUUAUGGGCAUACUCAACACUCUUCGGCACAAUGCCUUGAGGAUCCAUAGCUACCCUGAGGGUAUCUGCCUCAGCCAGGCCAGCAAACUGGGUCUCAUGAGUCUACAGAGACCUUUCCAGAUGAGCAUUGACAUGGGCUUUAAAACACGUGCCUUCACCACCAUUUUGAUUCUCUUUGCCGUCUUCAUCAUCUGCUGGGCCCCGUUCACCACUUACAGCCUUGUGGCAACAUUCAGUAAGCACUUUUACUAUAAGCACAACUUUUUUGAGAUUAGCACCUGGCUGCUUUGGCUCUGCUACCUCAAGUCUGCAUUGAACCCACUGAUUUACUACUGGAGGAUUAAGAAAUUCCACGAUGCCUGCCUGGACAUGAUGCCCAAGUCCUUCAAGUUUUUGCCGCGGCUCCCUGGUCACACAAGGCGCCGGAUCCGCCCCAGUGCAGUCUACGUGUGUGGGGAGCAUCGGACGGUGGUGUGAAUACUAGAACUGCCUGACGUUUUGGGUCAUGGUGGUUCUUUAUCUGACUCUGAAUUUUCUUUCACAUGGCUUUUCCACUUACACUUUAUUGUUUCAUAGGUUUGUGUGUAAGUGUGUGUGUGCAGUGUAAAGAAGGAAUGAUGAUUAGUUAUAAAUCUGUUACCAAGGAUAUACACAAGGGAAGUGAUCACCAAUGUUACCUCCAGGAUUCAAGAGAAGUCCUCGAUUUAGGGUGGGGGGAUGGCUUUUUGUUUCUUUGGCUGGUUUUGUUUUGGAAGUGGGAAUCAGGAUUGUGUUUCAUUGAGCCUGCAGUCACACUGAAUUGUAGGUGUUUUGUAUGCUUCUCAGGUGUACUUAGUGGAUUUUAUUAAUUCUUUUUCUUCUGGAAGACACUGCUGCUUUUUUUGCCAUCAUAUUGGAGCCAAAAACCACAUACAUCUCAGUGGAUAAACAUUUAUUUUUAUUUUAAAAUAACCCAAGGGGGUUAGUGACAUUUCAAAGGUCAUUAAUAUUUGCUUUGGUGCACUUUAAGAAACAAUGUACAAACUAAUUCAGUCAUGUUUUUCAGAAUUGUUUUUAUACAUGACAUGUUGCGCUUUAGGAAACAUUGCAUUAUCAUUUCUAAGGAGAUAGUUUUUUUGUUUUACCUGCAUGUGCAGUUUACAGGAGAGAACAUAGAAAUGUAGAAAUUUUUCUAAGCACAAUAGUGAUUCUUUAGAGUAAUAGGGCAAAGUCAAGGAGACAGAGCAUCCUUGCAUAUUUAAAUGGGAUUCACUAAGGGAUGGUCGGUGUGGGCUUAUGGGAUUCCUUUUACUCAAGGAUUCUCACUGAGUCCA